AUGAUUCAUUUUGUUCUUUUAAUAUCAAGACAGUCAAAGGUUCGUCUCGCCAAAUGGUAUUCAACCUACUCACAAAAUGAAAGAGCAAGAAUAGUAAAGGAAGUUGCUCAUAUGGUUGUCGGAAGACCAUCAAAGUUGAGUAACUUUCUCGAUUUUAAAGAACAUAAAUUGGUUUUUAAACGAUAUGCAUCACUUUAUUUUGUUGCUUGCAUAGACAAGGAUGAUAACGAGUUAAUUGCUAUGGAAAUGAUACACCAUUUUGUGGAGGUAUUAGAUAAAUAUUUUGGAAAUGUCUGUGAAUUGGAUUUAAUUUUAAAUUUCCACAAAGCGUACUUUAUUUUGGAUGAAGUUUUUGUGAAUGGAGAGUUACAGGAAACAAGUAGGAAGACAAUUCUAAAAGUAAUAACAACUCAAGACCAAAUGAUGGAAAAUGAACAAGAAUCACAAUUCACUUUCUAA